UUGAACGUAGAAUUUUUUCGACAUUAGUUUCGUCUGCCGAGUGUCGUUGGCGUCGAGCUUCAUUGGGUGGACUUGUGCAGUGGUGCUGUCGUGUUAUCAUUUGAUUGGGAUUGGCCUUCCUUGGUUCAAUUGUUAAUUGUUUGUAGUUUUUCGAUUUGAAGUGCAUACUUUCUAUUUGGUUUAUUUGUUAGAAAAUUGAUAGGUUGUUGGUACUUUAAUUGAGUAGUAUAGGUAAAUCUAAUUAUCGUAAUAUUUUUAAGCAACAUUUUAUUCCACAUUAACAAAAUCAUAUAUCUAAUCAUGGCUGCACCAGUCCAGAGGUUGUCUUCGCGGUUUAAUAGUGUAUUAAAUAAAACAAACUGGGGAGCGGCCGCAAUUUCGUCAACAAAAUACAAUAACAAGCCAAGAACUUAUUUCACGUACAGUCCCGAAAUAGCACAACCUCUUCAAAGAGAACCUAAGUGGACAACUGCAGAGGAAGCGGUAAAAUGUAUCAAGUCUGGAGACACUGUGUUCCUGAGUGGGGCUGCCGCCACCCCCAUCCAGCUGGCCAAGGCAAUGACAGACUACGGCAAGAGUGCAGGACUCAAGGGUGUCACAGUCUGUCACAUGCACACUGAGGGUGAUGCUCCCUACACAAACGAGGACUGUGCAGGUAUCUUUCGUUCGAUGUCUUUCUUCAUGGCCGCUAAUGUCAGGAAGGGUGUGGCUGAGGGCCGAUCUGACGCCAUUCCUAUUUUCCUCUCGGAAAUUCCAUUGCUGUUCACCCGUAAGAUUGUGAAACCUGAUGUUGCCAUGAUCCAGGUGUCUCCUCCAGAUGAGCACGGAUUUUGCAGCCUGGGCACCAGUGUCGACUGUGUACGAGCUGCAUGCUCCAACUCUAAGAUCAUAAUCGCCCAUGUAAACAAGUAUAUGCCUCGCACGUUUGGUGAUGCAGCCAUCCACUCGUCACACUUCGACUACGCAGUGCAGCAUGAUGUGCCUCUCCCCAACGGUCACCAUACUGGCAAACCCCCUAGUGAGGCGGAGACUCAGAUUGGGAAAAAUAUCGGAGAGAACCUUGUGGAGGACGGAGCUACGCUGCAGUUGGGUAUUGGAAGUAUUCCUGACGCAGUGUUGGCGGCCCUGUCAAACCACAAAGACUUAGGCAUCCACUCAGAGAUGUUUGCUGGUGGAGUAAUCGAUCUAGUCAAGAAAGGUGCCAUCACCAACAACAAUAAAACUCUGCACAAGGGGAAGAUAAUUUCCAGUUUCCUAAUUGGGCCCAAGGAGCUUUAUGACUUUGUUGACAAUAAUCCUUUCAUUGAGAUGAAGGUGGUGGACUAUACCAAUAACCGGACCAUCAUCUCACAACACCCAAAGAUGACAGCCAUCAACUCUUGUAUUGAAGUGGAUCUUACAGGACAGGUUGUGUCAGAUUCUAUUGGAACCCGGAUGUUCUCUGGUUUUGGAGGUCAAGUAGAUUUUAUAAGGGGAGCUGCUGAAGGUUUUGAUGGCAAAGGCAAACCCAUCAUUGCUUUGCAGUCCAUUAACCCCAAAACAAAAGAUACCAAGAUUGUGCCCAUUAUUAAACCUGGUGCGGGAGUAGUCACAACAAGGGGUCAUGUCCACUAUGUAGUGACAGAAUUCGGAAUUGCUCAGUUGUUUGGCAAGACUCUUCGUCAGCGAGCGUAUGCACUCAUACAGAUUGCUCACCCUGACCACCGCCAGGCUCUGGAGAAGGCUGCUUUUGAGCGACUCAAGGUCAUGCCAAGCCCUUGAACAGCUUAAACUCGUCACUCCCUCACAGAUCUUAUGCGCUUGCUCAGAGUUGCCACUAUUCCAACUGUUACGCAAAAUUCUUUAACACUACACUAUUUUUCAGAAUGCAAUAAAUUAGUUACUUCAUGUGUUUUCUCAUAUAUUCUUUUUUUAUACAAUUAUGGAAAUAUUUUUUUGUGACAAAUCAGUACAAAAACUUUAGAAAAAAUAUUAGUAUAAAAUAUUAUGUUUCUUUGUGGCAUACUUUAGAAGUAAAGUCUAUAAAGGUUCAAAGGUAUCAAUAGUUGCUAUUUAAGUGCUAUUUAGGGCAACUGUAGCAUAUAAACUCACGUGUACCACAUUAAAUCGAAGAUGCUUCCAGCCUACAGCUGUAUUUCUUUACAACCACGCUAGAUACAAUCAAAACCAACUGAUCAAAGUGACUUGAAAAUAGUUAAUUUAUUUUAGUUGAGUCAGUUUGGUACAUGGAUGAUCAGCUAGUUAUUAUUAUAGUGUGUAGACUGAUAAAUUUCACCCUGUAAUAAUUAUAUUGUAGACCUUACUGAUAUAAAUGGAUUGGUAAGAUAGUUGGAGAGUGAUUCCUGUCAGCAAUGAAGCAAUUUGUUAAUCUUAAGUUAUAAUAUUGUACUAUGUAAAAUACAAUUUUUUAUAAAUCUG